UGACAUUUUUGUGACUUUUCAAAAACCUAGGUACUAUAGCCAACCCAUAUUUUUGUAUAUUGAUAUAACUUGGCCAAUCUAAAUGUAAACGCAAUUUACAAAACCUUGAAUUACGUUAAGGAUAUUUUUAUUUAGUGCAUGAACCAAAUUUUACUCCACAACAUAUUAAAGAUGAAUAUGCAAGUCGCGAAUAACGAAUCAUUUAAAAAUCGACGAAUUGAAGUGUUCUGCAAUGGGUUUGUCGAUAAAAAUGCAGAUGCAAAUGAGUUAUCAAUAGGAUUAAUCAAAUCAGCCAAACGCACAGGCCAGUUGAGUCUUUGUAAUAGAGGAUUGGGCACAGUACCUGACAAAGUAUGGAAAAUUGACGAAUUGGUGUUGGAAGAAACGAAAGAAGUCGAUUUUGCAAGAUCGGACAAUAAUAGUUGGUGGACUGAUGUACCAUUAAAAACUCUCGACCUCAGUUCCAAUGUUAUAAAAACAAUUUCGCCGGACGUAAAACUACUGCAACAACUUGUUACUCUCAAGCUUCAUGAUAAUGCACUGACAAAAUUGCCAGCUGAAUUUGGUGAAUUGAAAAACUUAGCCAACCUAAGUUUGGACCGUAACAAAAUAGCAGAGUUGCCUAAAGAAUUUCAUACAUUAACUGAACUGAGAUGGCUCAGUAUGUCUCAUAAUGAAUUGAAGAAAAUUGAACCUGAAUUUGGUGACCUUGUGAUGUUGACAUUUCUGGAUAUUUCACAUAACAAGCUAACAGAGCUCCCACCUGGUAUGGGAUAUUUAGUGAGAUUGGUGGAUUUAAAUUUCUCCUAUAAUGAACUGACUGAGUUACCCCCUGAUAUUGUUAAUUUAAGAGAAUUAAGAAAGAUGAAUAUCAGUCAUAAUAAUUUGAAGAAACUGCCAGCAAUGGGUGAGCUAAGAAAAAUGGAAAUUUUAGAUGCAAAUCAUAAUGAUAUAGAAAAAUUGCCCGAUUUUUAUGGAUGUACAGCUUUGAAAGAAAUAUAUAUCGCUAAUAAUUUUAUUAAGGAGAUAACGGAGGAAUUCUGUGAUCAAAUGCAAAAUUUAAAUGUUUUAAAUAUAAGGGAUAAUAAAAUUGAAUUGUUACCAGAAAACAUAUCAUUGUUACAAAGACUGAAGAGACUUGAUCUUACCAAUAAUAAUUUAAACAAGUUGCCAAGAAAUCUUGGUUUACUAUCGCAGCUACAAAGUAUAAAUAUGGACGGGAACAAAUUGUCGUUUGUGAGACAGGAUAUAAUCAGAGGGGGGACCGACAGGAUGAUGAAAUAUUUACGAGAUCGUAUCGCGGAAGAGGUCGACAGUGAUUCCAAAAUAUUACACAACGAAUGGCCAGACAAAUUUACAUUAAAGAAAAGCCAAGCGUUAAUGUUACCAGGUAAAGAUUUGUCGUCAGUACCCGAGGAUGUAUUCACAACGGCCGCGACUGUUGAAGUGCAUAUUGUAGACAUAUCAAAGAAUAAACUUAAAGAAGUGCCCUUAGGAAUAUGUCAAAUAAAAAAUACAUUAUCCCAACUGAUAUUAUCCUCAAACAAUAUCGAAAGCAUUCCAAGAGAAAUAAGUAGUUGUAUUCAUUUGCAAUAUGUGGAUUUGGGCAAGAACUGUUUAAUGGAUUUGCCCUUGGAAUUUGGUAAUUUGAAGCACUUGAGGGAAUUAGUGAUUUCAUGCAACAAAUUUACGAAGAUACCACGUUGUGUAUAUGACAUGGAUAAUUUGGAAAUAUUCUUGGCUGGAGAGAAUAAAAUCACCGAAAUUAAUGUAUCCUCAGACGCGUUGGCCAAAUUAAAGAAACUGGCAGUUCUAGACUUGACAAACAACAGUAUUAUUACAGUGCCACCGGAACUUGGGAAUUUCACUAACUUGAGGGCUCUUGAAUUAAUGGGCAAUUGUUUCCGACAACCGCGACACGCCAUUUUAGCAAAAGGUACAGCGAGCUUGUUGUCAUAUCUUAGGGAUCGGAUUCCUAACAAAUAAUAAAAAAAUAAGUACCAAUGAGUAAAAAUUACAUUGUCAAUGCUUGCCUUUACAAGUACACGGCGACGUGCUUUAUAAAUUAUUUUUUAUCUGUAUUAUCUAUGGAGUUCAGUGUUGCCAUAAAGCAACUAAUUUAAACCAAAGUAUUUUUGUUUGUACCUGAUUUCCACCUUUGAUUGUGUUAUACAUUGUUAUUUUUUUGUUAUCGUUAUUGAUUUAUUUAUCGAAAUUAAAUAUUGAAUAUUGUUUACAAUUAUUGUAAUGUAAGAGUGUAAGAUUUAUUGGUUGUGAGUAAUUAAAUUGGAUUAUGUAAGAUCGAAAGUUACAAUUUUUUUGUGUUAGAGACCCAAGCUAAUUGAAAGAAUUUAUUUUAACUGCAAAUUUAUAAUCCCUCCUUUACUCCAAUAUUUAAAUUUCUAGUCAUUUCUUAUUCAAGCCAUGUUUUACGUUGCUUUAAAUAGUCAACUACUUUUGAUGUUCAAAAGUUUGAGAUCUAUUUUCAAAUGUUAAAUAUUUACUAUUGGAGUAAAUUUAAUUACUUUAAAAUACGUCCAAAGA